AUGUUGACGGGUAAAGGAAAGGACUAUGAUAUUAAUAACGAUGUCACUCCCGUUACCGUUCUGACAGAAGAAAUUGGCCAAAGGGGUUCCAAAUUUCCUAGAUUGCACGAAUGCGCUCAUUUUCAUUACGACUACGUGGAAAUCGGAGCCAUACACUUAAGUCUAAUCGCGGACAACAAGUCAAUCCACAAAAGCGAAAGGAACGAAGCCGAUAAUGUAACCGGCGCAAUCGAUUACGAGAUUUUGGUCGUUUGCGGAGGUAGGUCAUGGGUUCUCCGCCGAGAUUUGAACCAUCUCCACAAAUUGGACCAAGAUUUACACGUUUGCUCUUUCGAUAGGCGUUACAGCGCUUUACCGCUAAUCGGAGACAUUUCUUCGGCAGCUGCCAAUAUCGGCGAGAAUGGUCGCUCUAAAUUUCGCCUUACCCUUAAUCGAUAUUUUGGGAGAUUAUCUGUCAUAGUCUGCGAAAACAUCGUUAAUUGCGUAAACGUGUUGAAUUGGUUCGAAAUGGACAACAAGGGAAAUCACCUGCAAACGGUGAACGACAUAAAAUAUCAACUUCUCAACACCCAGGCUAUAGCGGCCGCCAUCGUUACCAAAAGAUACGCCGCCAAAAAUUUCAAAGAAUUGUCUCUCGAGGUAGGCGAUAUAAUUUCUAUCACGGAUAUGAGUCUCGAUUCAUCCCGCCUGGCCGAUUUGCGUGUUUACGACAUUAACUGGUGGAAGGGGAAGAAAGGAUUCAAUGUUGGUUACUUCCCAAACCAAUGCGUCCAGUUAUACCCUCUACCACACGUAGACCCUUCUUACUCCGUCCGCAUUCCGCAUAUCAAGCACAGGGGAUCCUACGCGAACGACCAUAACAAUCCCUCCAACAAAACCAAUCACGACCUCUACGAGAUCUCCCCCCACAAUUCCAGUCACACAUCCAUGAACAUGAAUAUUGCCAUGAACAUGAAUAUCGGCGGCGUGAAUACGAAUAACGUGAGGUAUCUGAUGUCCCAUUUUUUGCCUUACUUUUUGGAGGAGAGGCCAACCAAACCCCGGCUCAGGGCCGUGGGAAUACUCAAGGAGAGAGUGUUUGGGUGCGAUCUGGGAGAAUACCUACUCAAUAAUGGGCAUGAUGUUCCCCCAAUAGUUCAACAUUGUUGUGAUUGGAUAGAAAGGCAUGGCGUGAUAGACGGCAUAUACAGGCUCUCGGGUGUGUCCUCUAACAUCCAAAAAUUGAGAAAUUUGUUUGACGAAGAAAAAAUUCCUCCUUCCUUAAGCACCGAUCGCAAGAAAGAUCCGAGUGGUGAGAGCGACGAGGGAGACUGCCAAGAAUAUUGUCAAGACAUCAUCCAUUCAUACGCUUCGGCCCUUAAAAUGUACUUUAGGGAACUGCCUAAUCCCUUGCUGACCUUCCAACUCUACAACCCCUUUUUGGAAACGGUCCAGAAACUUGUGACAGACACUUUCGAUAAAAACUUACCAAAAGAGAUUUGCCAUGACAACCAUUCCUUCCAAUCCUCUGCCAGAAAUCAUAACGCGUCGUCUGAAUUGGUGGGAAAGCUUAAAAGCUUGACCCUUCAGUUACCCCCACCUCAUUUUAGGGCCGCUAAAUAUUUAUUCGACCAUUUGCACGCUAUGGCUCAAAUGUCUGGAUCCACCAAUAUGCAUUGCAAGAAUCUGGCCAUAGUCUGGGCCCCCAAUUUGUUGAGGUCCAGAGACAUGCCUCCUUACAACGCUUCCGCUAAGAUGCCUCAUAACAAUCUCCGCCGAUCUGUCAAUACACUGGGCGCAAAUAACACUAUGACGCGUGAUAUUUUACGAGGGGCCAGCGGACAAGCCCUUGUUAUUGAAUACCUGAUCAAGUAUUGCCACCAAGUAUUUAUACACGAAGAAGAUUGCAAUGGUAAAAAGAAGAGCCAUUGCAUCGAAGGGAAUGGGAUCUCAAACGAGAACAAUGGGAAUGGCGAGAUGCGAUAUACCUCUAAAUUAUUGAUUACUUAUAAUCGCGACGUAAACCCAUUGCAGAACGGGAACCUCCAUAGCGUCGUUACGAAGUCUCUAAAAAUUGAUCAAGAUAAUUCUCCUUUAGAGGUUCUACCCCGAAACUCCGAAAUUGUUUGUGAAAAGAUAAACCAUUAUGAGGAUAAUGGGGACGCCGAUCACCGGCUUACUUCAAAAAAUGUAAAUGGGGAUUCUUCCAAUUCAGAGUCAAUAAAUAAUAAUGAUGACUCGAAUAUCGUGAAUAGCAACCUUCUGGAGGAUGAUGAAAUAAAAGAUACUGCUGAAAUUAUUCCGUACGCAAAUGACAAAGUCACGAAACAAGUAGAUGACCACAAAUCGAUUGAAAACGAUGAAGCGCGCAUGUUACAAAAUGGCGACAACUUCCGGAACAAAAGGAUAUACAUAACCUUGAAAGAUGUGGGUGGAGGGAUCAAGGCGUUACCAAAAGAUUUUCACACGGUCAUCCAAUCGGAUCCUGCUAGAAAAUUAUUGCGCGACGUCAAUAAUAGUGAUGGUUAUCGUCGUCAACACAACGGACAACACGUGUUCGUAGAUGAUAAAAGAAGAAAGCAUCAUCAUCAGCUGAUACUACCCAGGCGAAAAUCGGCUACUUUCUUCGACAAUGACCCCGUUAAUCGUGUCAAUAAUUUAAGCGGCUCGGGCAAUUUGAAAAAUCCACGCCAUUCCGAAUAUGGUAGGGGUGAAAAUGGAAUAAGAGAUACAGAAAAUUGGUUGCCUUUAAAGCCACGAAAUCAUAUAAUACUGGAAGACAUCUUGGGACAACCAUACAUUGCCUACAGCAAUAAAUUAUCUCCGGUGGCCACAACGAAUUUUAGCAAUACCCAAACAAAGAACGAGAAAAAGUCGCAUUACAGACACAAGUCGGACGAUUUUGACAUCGUUUUCUUAGCGAAGAGAUUGGCACGUAACAAUAUCAUCCAUCCCAUCACUUCCGACACCGUUAAUGUCGGAAACCCACCGUUGGGAAUAAUCAAGGAAGAAAGAACACCCUUGCGUGACGACAAUGAUAAGAAAGACAUUCUCGAUAUUAAUAAUGGCCAAAAUUUAGUAGCCAAGAACUUCACCUUUGAGAAUUCUAUCCCAUCUAAACUCAUAGACUCAGCUUGCCAAACCGAUGAAAAUAUGGCUUACUACCCCGAUGGCAAUAAUACCGAGGACAAACACAUUGAUAGAUAUGGUCAUCAUAAUGACAAAACCCAUAAAGAUAAUAUGGUUCUCAAUAAAUCUCGAAAACUUAAUAAAGAUGUCGACUUAUUACGCAAAUACAAAAGUUUGGAAAAUUUUAACACGAUAAUAGUACAAGUUCCCCAUCCCGAAAAGGUGGAACUAGAUGGUGGGCUAAAUAUUGAAAACUUAGUAAUACCCGUUCUCAGCGAGAAGAAGAAAAACGAAAAAGAAAUAAUGAUAUGUUAUGUCGACAACCCAAACCAAGUCACUACAAUUGGCGAUAAAAUACCUGACUCCACAAUUGCCCAUUUUACUUUGGAGGAACAAAGUACCGUGAACCAAGAUUUCAAUAAUUCAACGGGUCAUGAAAAUGAUGGUGAUUGUAAAGUAAUAACUAUACCCGUUAGGCCUCCUUCCCCAUGCAUUCACUCCCUUGUGGGGGAUUUUGGUUGCGAAAAUUGCCUCUCUGAUCAGAAAUAUUUGAAUGACCGGGAAGCGAAAUCCUUGAAUACCUUUACUCAUAAUGACUACCAUGAUGACGAUAAAAAUUUGUUAGAUCAAUGUAGUGACGAUAACCCUUUAAAAUCCAGUUCCUUCGCUAACCUAGCUCUAGAUCAGGCCUUCAAAACUCUCUCUAGAGUCAAGUUUGUUAGGAAAUCGAUUGAUUCACUGCGAAUCGCCGAUAAAGCAGGAGUCAUAACUGAUUUUAGCUGCUUAAAUCGUAUUUCGCCUAAUAACAGAUCUUGCAUAGUUAACAGUAUUCCUAGAAGACGUAUCAAGCAAAGACCCAAUCUGAUGUGGCCUAGCGUUAAUGAAAAUAUAGCUGUCAAACAAAACGGAGAUAAUGUCGAUUUGGGACUGACAGGAAAUGGGGAAAGUUGUGGUUAUAGGGUUGUGAUGGAACGCAAUGCGCCUGUCAGCGGCAUCUUGAAGAAAAAUCAAGGAGUGGAUGAUAAAACAAAUUUUAGAAAUUUAUUAAACGCAAAUCAACGCAAUUCUCUCCACGAUCCCGAAAAACAAAUAAAUCAUUUUCCUCAUAAGAGGAAAGUCGAAUUUCUCAUGUCCGAUGGCAGUUCUACCCCGAAAAGUCAGUCAUCCAAAAAUUUGAGCCCGAAUGAUAAUUUAACGCUACGCCGGGCUCACAUAACCAUUACCGAUGAUUGUCAGAGCCUUUUAGACCAAAGACUUCCCUUCCAUUCAGAUUCACCUUCGAUUUCGUCUCCACCUCCUUCAGUACUGGAGGAUGAUUUAAUCGGGCAAAACCGCAACACUGAUGAAGACACAAACCUGGACAUGGAUCCAUCGUUUCCCUCCAAGAACCAACGUGUGCCUUGUAGAGUUAAAAGUCUGAAAGAAAAGUUUGAACAAAAAUCUGUUCUUCCUCCAUCUUCGUCUACUAAUAAUUAUCGUUCUCCCAUAAACCCUCGGCCACCAGAAAUAUACGGGCCCAUGUACAGGUUAAAACCUAAUCGCUCUUUCCCUUCCCCUUCCUUCAAGGGCUGUUACGACGAUAAAAAUCUCGCUCAUUAUGGUAAUCACCAAAAAAUACUAUAUAACAACCACGCCCACACGAACGGUCACCGCAGUCCUAUCAAAUUGGGCGUGGGAAACGUUUACCGGAACAAUAACGGAACCUUUACGAAGCCCGCCAUCUUUAGCAAACCAAAUUUCAAUAAUAGCCGUAACUUACAAGGUCUCAAACAAAUCUCGGAAUUUAGAUGAUGGACAAACACUUCUAUAAUUAUAGCGAAUUAAUGAAAAUGUGAUGUUAUAAUUUUAUAUUGAUUUUCGAAGACGCUAUCGUAAAUUUUUAAACCUUUUAUAAAAAAAGAAAUUCUUUUAAAAUUUAA